AAUUUCUCGGAUUGUUACAACUCAUCUCACUGACGAAUUGUAACAAGAUUAUAACAACUUGACUUCGAAGAUAUGCCGACAUUGCCCUUGAGGAUGCAACUAAGAUUCACGCAAAAAUAACAAAACGGGAAUGCGCCGACACGCAAGCGUCACAUUGCCCACAUGCUAUAAAUGGACAACACUUAAACUAUGAGUGGAGACUUUCGGCGACAAAUAUGAGAUACAGACCAAAGUUCGUGUACAUUGUGUGUUUGUUGUGUGUUCACUAUGUGUGCAGUUUAUUCGUAUACACCCCCGUGGUGGAAGUAAGCCAGGGUAAAUUAAGGGGGCUCCGGAGCUUCUCCGGGCAGAACCGGUAUUACGGGAUCCCCUACGCCGUCAGCAAGAGAUUCCAACCACCAAAACUACCGAAGAAGUGGAGCGGCGUGUACCACGCGGUGUCGCGGUUCGACUCCUGUGCACAAAGCUUCGCGAUAUUUCAACUGGGCGUCGAGGACUGCCACCGGCUCGACGUGUACACGCCAGCCAGUGGUCACAAACUGCCAGUCCUGGUGUUCUUCCACGGAGGAGCAUACUACUACGGCAGCAAGUGGCAUUAUGACCCCGAGUUUCUAGUCAAGAAGAACGUCAUAGUCGUAACAGUCAACUAUAGAUUAGGUGUCCUAGGUUUCUUGUGUUUGAAUAAUGUUGCCAACCUUGGUCUCAAAGAUCAAGUAGCAGCUUUAAGAUGGAUACAAAAGAAUAUAGCGGCGUUCGGCGGCGACCCCGACAACGUGACUAUAUCCGGCUACAGCGCCGGCGCUACCGCAGCAGCGAUGCACCUCCUCUCCAAGCGCAGCACAGGACUGUUCCACAAAGCCAUCCUGAUGAGCGGCGUGCCUCUCACGCCCUGGGCCUUCAACCCGGAGCCGCUCACUCCAGCCUUCGAAGACGCCGCUAAGAUAGCCAAAGUACAAAACGAAAGCGACGUUUACAAUACUUUUCUGACGUCACCCGUGAGAGAUGUACUGUCAGCAACAAAGGGCACAUCAAUAGAUCCUCGGUACUUCAAGUAUUCGCCGUGUGUCGACACUGACUUCUCCGAGGCAUUUUUCCACAACACGCCAUACGACACCAUCACAUCGGGAGACUUUAACAAAGUGCCCAUGAUUGUCGGCUUCACAGACAUGGAGGGCGCGCUGUUUUACGGACUCAAUAACCAAAGAACGUUACAAUAUUUAGACAAUAAUUUCGUGGACAGGCUCCCUUCGGUAUUUUCUUGGUGUUCGAACGAUGACAAAAGAGAAAUAGCCAAGAAAAUACGCUCAUAUUACUUUAGCAAGGACAGCAUCAGUAGUAGAGCCGCCGUCAGAGGUGGCGUGGACUAUUAUUCGGAUUGGAUAUCGUACGGAGCGGUUGACGCGUUCUCGAAGCUGAUGGCGAAGUAUUCGGACGCACCCGUGUAUAAUUACAUGUUUUCUUACAAAGGAGGUCGUAAUUUCGGAAGUUUGAUGUUUAGUGGAAAGCUCGCAGUGAGCGGGGCCACACACUCCGAUGAUCUGUUUUACGUAUUCAAGCCAGGAGGACUGACCUUAGGGUUAAGCAGCAGCGACCGACUCAUCAUCGACCGGCAUGCCACAAUGCUGACCAACUUUAUGAAGGUUGGGGAGCCGACGCCGCACACGACGCCUCUGCUGCCGGUCCGCUGGCCAGCCACCACCGCCAACCGGUCGCAGAUCCUGCACAUCGACCGGCAGCUGUCAGUGAGCGACAUGCCGGCCAGCCACCAGGGCCGGUUCCUGCUGGAACUGCUGUGUGAACACGGCCAGCCGGGCUUCGUGCCCUGCGAGAGUCACAGGAACUGCAACCUGCAGAUCGAUGUGCGAGGCAAUUGGCAAUAAAAUGACA